CGUCUUGCGGGUCUCUUCUUCCGCAACCUCUACAUAAAUUCCGUCCCUCAUUCAACUGCUUUUCUAUCGGUUGCAAUCAUGGGUGUUGUCGAAAAGAUCAAGGAGAUCGAGGAGGAAAUGGCGAGGACCCAGAAGAACAAGGCGACAGAGUAUCAUUUGGGCCUCCUGAAAGCCAAGUUGGCCCGUUAUCGUGCGCAGCUGCUUGAGCCUACUACCAAGUCAAGCGGUGCAGGCACAGGAUUUGAUGUGCAGAAGUCCGGCGACGCGCGAGUUGCCCUCAUCGGAUUUCCCUCUGUCGGAAAGUCAACAUUGCUAAGCAAGUGCACUCAUACACAAUCGGAAACGGCGGCAUAUGAGUUCACUACUUUGACGGCUAUUCCUGGCGUGAUCGACCAUCAAGGUGCAAGGAUACAACUUCUUGAUCUGCCGGGGAUUGUCGAAGGUGCUAGUCAAGGCCGUGGUCGAGGACGUCAAGUUGUUUCUACAGCGAAAACGGCUGAUCUCAUCUUGAUCAUGCUGGACGCUACCAAACCAGAGGAGCAACGUCGGUUGCUCGAGAUUGAACUUGAUGCUGUAGGUAUCAGACUAAACAAGAAAAAGCCUGACGUUGUAUUCAAGCGCAAAACAACCGGUGGUAUCACCUUGACCGCGACUGUCAAACUCACAAAGACUGACGAGAAAACAAUUCGGAGUAUUCUGGCGAGCUACAAGUUGCAUAAUUGCGAUGUGAUGAUUCGGGAGGACAUCACUACAGAUGAGUUCAUCGACGUUCUCAUCGGUACAAGGAAAUAUAUGCCCUGUCUAUACGUGUACAACAAAAUCGAUGCUAUCAGUAUGGAACAAUUGGAUAAACUAGCACGCGACGACCACAGCGUCGUCAUCAGUUGUGAGAUGGGCCUCAAUUUGGACUACCUGAUUGAGCGCAUGUGGGAUGAGCUGGGUUUAGUCCGAAUAUACACCAAAAAGAGAGGUGCUCAUCCAGAUCUACAUGACCCUGUGUGCUUACGAAAGGGGGCUACCAUCGAGGACGUAUGUAAUGGUAUUCAUCGAUCGCUCGCGGCGAACCUUCGUUACGCACUGGUCUGGGGUAAAUCUUCGAAGUUCAACCCACAUGCUCAGAAGGUUGGGCUCGGCCAUCUGGUACAAGAUGAAGAUGUUGUAUCGAUAUUCACCAAAUGAGAGAUGAAAUUAAUGAACCUUCGAUGUAACUGUAUUGUAUUUGCUACAUGGAUCCCUUGCCAAUGUCACGAAGUCUGUUGGCAGGAUAUACAGAAAAGGCAACACAACGUCUGUUCGCGUGCAAGACAAAUAUGUCCGCAGUCAGGCAUGGCAAUUCCCUCAUAUCAAUGCCUCUGGAUUCACCUCCAGGGUCGUUGCAGCAGGCUUGGCGUCCACGUUCAAGCUCGUCUGGUUGAAGUCAGGCGAAGGCGUCUUCAACGGAGGACUAUCUAGGGUGGAGACGGAGGCAUUAAAGUCGCGGUCGAACCCAAAAGGCGCACGGGCUGGAAUGGAAAAAAAUCAGCAUCCUGGAGCAUUCGGGUAAACACUAGCAUCUGAGACUCACGAAGACCAAUUUUCGGCAUAUCCUUCACAAUCUUCUCACUAUGGUCGAUGUCUUUGGAAGCAGUGUUGAUCGUGGUGACUUGUUGGGCUGAGCAUUUGUGAUUUAAGACGUCAGCCAAUUUAAUGAUCUGAGGACAACCCCACG